CUCCGGGAUAGCAUCACUAUUUUCUUAUCUCUCCCUAUGAAAUUCCAUUAUCAAAAAAUUGUAGACAUUUUCACAAGCCCCCCUCCCCCAUAGCGCCUCUCCGAAGCCGCAAGUAUCGUAUCGAUCUAGACGCAUAUCAGAUGGCACGGCAUCAUGCAAUAGUACAGGCGUACCGGAACUCUCCUCCUCAUUUUUUUGCCCUACACACGACAGUCGUGAUGUUUCAUCCAGUAACAUCCCAUUAUUCUCUAUCCUUUACUUAUGAGGCGGGCUGACUAGUAAUUUUCACUUUUUUUUCUUCUAAAUCGACACAUUUUUACUAACAUGGGUCUUCCACCUCCCCCACCCCCGAGGCUGGAGAUCCGAGCCUGCUUGGGGUUGGGCAAGGCUAUAUUAUCUUUCGCCUCCCCCAUCUAAAUUGUCCUCUGAUAUCUCAGAUCAAGGCCAACUUGGAAGGGAGGCAUUUCACAACAUAUACAGAAAUCGCAAAGAUGCCAAUCGCACCCCCUCUUAGUCAGGGAUGGGGAUAUGGAAUUGUUCUCGGGCUGGGUGCUGUUUUCGCAUUUGGAAUGGUAUGGUCUUUCUUAUCCUCUCAGUUCCAAAUUUCAAUUCUGUUUGCUAAUCGUUUUUACUUCAAAUCAGAUCCUCGUUACCUGGAUCCUUAAACGAUAUAACCAUGAACUUCAAACUUCUGAAAUGUUCAGUACGGCGGGGAGAACGGUGAAAUCAGGAUUGGUCGCUUCGGCAGUUGUAUCUUCUUGGACAUGGGCAGCGACUCUUCUUCAGAGUUCGGGUAUUGCUUAUCGAUAUGGUGUUUCUGGUCCUUUCUGGUAUGCCUCUGGGGCGACUGUGCAGAUUUUAUUGUUUGCUACUAUUGCUAUUGAGCUGAAGAGAAGAGCACCGAAUGCGCAUGUGAGUUAUACUUACUUCCCCAAUUUUGGGAGCGGAUAGACCAAUUAAUUGGUGCAGACAUUUUUGGAGAUUAUUAGGGCGAGAUACGGGGUCUAUGCUCAUAUCACUUUCACGGUUUUUGGCCUGAUGACGAAUAUUCUCGUUACUGCUAUGUUGUUGACUGGAGGCUCGGCUGUAGUCAAUUCCUUGACGGGAAUGCCUACGGCUGCUGCUUGUUUCUUGUUGCCUUUGGGUGUAGCAAUGUAUACCAUGUUUGGAGGAAUCAAAGCGACCUUUCUUACUGACUGGGUAAGUAAACGCUAGACACUUUUCUGUCAACUUUCUAAUAUUAUUUCAGGUACACACUUUUAUCCUCUUGAUCAUCAUCAUCAUUUUCUCGCUUGUCACCUACGCAUCUAGCGAUAUCUUGGGCUCGCCAAAAGCCGUUUUUGAUCUUUUAGUCAAGGCUGCUGCGGAUCAUCCAGUUGAAGGUAACGCUGGUGGGAGUUACUUGACUAUGAGAUCUACGGAGGGUGCCAUCUUUUUCGUCAUCAAUAUUGUUGGGAACUUUGGAACGUAUGUUCAUUCCCUCAACGACUUUCUCCAGACCAUGUGAAGAUCUAACUUGCAAUAGUGUUUUCCUCGAUAAUGGUUACUACAACAAGGCAAUUGCAGCUUCUCCAGUCCAUGCUCUCCCAGGUUACAUUAUGGGAGGUAUCUCCUGGUUUGCUAUCCCCUGGCUUAUGGCAACUACAAUGGGUCUCGCAGCUCUUGCUCUCGAAGGAAAUCCAGCAUUCCCAACAUUCCCAAAUCGUAUGGACGAUGCGGAUGUAUCUGCUGGUCUAGUCGUUCCAUAUGCCGCUGUUGCACUUCUUGGACAAGGUGGUGCUGUAGCGGUCUUGCUAAUCGUCUUCAUGGCCGUCACAUCUGCCAGUUCAGCUGAGUUGAUUGCUGUAUCAUCCAUCUUCACGUAUGAUAUCUACCAAACGUACUUCAACCCAGGCGCUAGUGGAAAGAGACUUAUAUACAUGUCUCAUGCUAUGGUUGUGGGAUUUGGUCUAUUCAUGGCUGCUUUCUCGGUCGGUCGUAUGUAUUCCCUCUUUCAUAACCAUAAACUCUCACUGACCAUUGUACAGUCUUCUACGCAGGUAUCUCCAUGGGCUACCUCUACGUGAUGAUGGGCGUAAUAAUCUCCUCAGCCGUCAUCCCCGCCACCCUAACGAUCAUGUGGAAAGGCCAAAACAAAUGGGCCGCAGUCCUCACUCCACCCCUUGGUCUAGCAUGCGCCCUCAUCGCCUGGCUAGUGACCGCCUCGAAAACCUGCGGAAAACUCGACGUCGAAUGCACAGGCUCCAAUAACCCCAUGUUAGCCGGAAACGUCAUGGCCCUCCUUUCGCCCCUCAUCUUCACCCCGAUCUUCACCCUCAUCUUUGGAGUCGACAACUACGACUGGCUCUCCAUGGCCGCCAUCCGCAAAGGCGACGACCACGAUCUCGCAGCCGAAGCACACAUCGACCUCGAACUCGUCCCCGGCGAACGCCUGACCACCGCCGCCGACGAAGCAGCCGAACAAUCCAACCUCCUCCGCGCCUCGAAGAUCGCCAAGAUCACCACCCUCAUUCUUACCAUCGCCCUCCUCAUCCUCUGGCCCAUGCCCAUGUACGGCUCCGGGUACAUCUUCUCCGAGAAGUUCUUCACGGGCUGGGUGGUCGUGGGGAUUAUUUGGAUCUUUGGGUCGCUCGGUGCCGUGGGACUUUAUCCCGUCUGGGAGGGCCGCGAGGGUCUGGCGUAUACGAUGAGGGCUAUUUGGUUGGAUGUUACGGGCGAGAAACAUCCUGGGGCGUAUCAUGGGAGUGUGGCGAGGUUUGUGGAGGGGAAGGAGGUGGGUGGUGGGACGCCGCCUGAGGUUGUGGGGGAGAAGGGGGAGAAGGGAGAAGAGAGGGUGGUGGUUUCGAAG